AUGGCAAACAAUUCAACAACGACUAACAAGUCGGCCUUGUUCGACCCAUCUUGCUAUCUAGACGAGAUAGGGGACCCGGAUAUCACCGGCCUCGGAGUCAUCUUGUCCUUCAUCCUAUCUAUCGCCAUAGCAAUGAUUGCCAUAUUCUAUGCCUACGUGAGGAGGUCGCUUAGGCCGGAUGUCUACAAUGGGGGCGACGACAUCUUCCUCCGGACAUGGCCGCUUCGUUUCGUCGCUCGACCACGCCAGCAUGGAGUCGGGGAAUCGUCCCAAAUAGCCCGAGCGGCCAACAUUGAGAAGUUCAUCCUCGCUAUGAGCGACCAGCAGCUCGUCACUGGCACGUCUAUCCUCUUCGUCACAGUUCUUAUCUCUGCUGGGGCUGGCGGCAUCGACCAAGAAUGGUCAGUGUUCGCGUACCUUAUCGCCGUCGGUCUCAGCUACUUCUCAUGGUCCCUCCAUCUAGCGACCUUGACGGCCCUGCGACAACACUUUCGCAAGCUCGAGGCUCCCCAGAAGAUCAGGAUAGGUGUCAUGACCUUGACGCUUCUCUCGCUAUUCGCCGCGAGGCUCAUAGGCUCGUCCGUCAGUUUCACCAACAACCCGUCCACGUCGUUGCGCUGUGCUUUCGCUCACUUCGACAUGUUCGACGAUGACGAUGCUGACAUUGUUUCAAAUCUAUUAAGCCUACUUGUUGGACGGUUCCUGCUCAUGUGCGGGAUGUUUGUUAUCUUCAUGCGGGGACUUGUCGAGGUCUCCUCUGGUGACAUACCAGUCUCGAGGUCGCUUCCUUGGCAAGUAUUCUGGCCACCAUGGCUCGCCAAUGUGCUCUUCUGGGGCCUAUAA